AUGACUGGAACCGCUGGAGGCCCGGGAGUCAAUGGAGAACUGGGGAGAAGAGGAGACUUUGGGCCAAUGGGGACCCCGGGAACAGACGGAGUUAAAGGAGACAAGGGCGAGGCAGGACCCGAGGGGCUGAGAGGACUACCAGGUGAAGUAGGAAACAAAGGAACCAAGGGAGACAACGCUCCGGGGCCACGCUUGGCUCCCGGUACUUCAGGAGUGGCAGGGAAGAACGGUACCCGUGGCGACCCUGGUGAUGCUGGACCCAGAGGAGACCCCGGCCUUCCAGGACUAAAGGGUGACGUUGGAAGAGCUGGCUUCAGUUACCCAGGACCAAGAGGACCAACGGGAGAUCGCGGGGAGAAGGGCGGCCCAGGGCCCAGAGGAGGCAGAGGAGACUGUGGCCCCAAGGGAGGCCCAGGGGGAAAGGGAACCUCUGGAGAAGAGGGAGAACCAGGGCCUCAGGGAGAACCUGGAUUCAGAGGACCAAGAGGAGUGGGUGGACGAGAUGGAGAUCCAGGUCCCGAGGGAGACCCCGGCCUCACAGAAUGUGAUGUCAUGAACUACAUCAGAGAGACCUGCGGCUGCUGUGACUGUGAGAAGCGGUGUGGGGCGCUGGACAUCGUGUUUGUGAUUGACAGCUCAGAGUCCGUUGGUCUCGCCAACUUCACUCUGGAGAAGAACUUUGUGAUCAACACCAUCAACAGACUGGGAUCCAUGGCCAAGGACCCCAACUCAGAGACAGGUACCAGAGUGGGGGUGGUCCAGUACAGUCACAGUGGAACCUUCCAGGCCAUCAGGCUCAAUGACUCCAAGAUCGACUCACUGUCUGCCUUCAAGGAUGCGGUAAAGCGUCUGGAAUGGAUAGCCGGGGGGACGUGGACCCCAUCAGCGCUGAAAUACGCCUACGACCACCUGAUCAAAGACAGUCGCAGAGCUAAAGCCAACGUCACCGUGGUGGUCAUCACAGACGGGCGGUUUGACCCCAGGGACGACGACUCACUGCUCACAUACCUCUGCAGCGACCCCAGUGUGGACGUGAGCGCUAUAGGUAUAGGGGACAUGUUUGACCAGAUAGAGGAGAAUGAGAGCCUGAAGAGUAUAGCCUGUCAGAGAGACGGUAGGGUGCUGGGGAUGAGGCGCUUCGCUGAUCUGGUGGCAGAGGAGUUCAUCGACAAGAUAGAGACCGUGCUCUGCCCAGAUCCUGUCAUCGUGUGUCCUGACCUCCCCUGUAAAACUGAGCCAGCGGUGGCCAGCUGUGUCCAGCGCCCUGUGGACCUUGUGUUCAUGCUGGACGGGUCAGAGAGGAUGGGAGUGGAGAACCACCGCCGAGCCAAGGAGUUCAUCGAGAACGUGGCGCGCCGCCUCACGCUGGCCAACGGCCAAUCAGACGACAGGAACGCCCGCAUCGCCCUGCUGCAGUACGGCAGCAAAUCAGAACAGAAGGUUGAGUUUUCGCUCACGCACAAUCUGACGGUGAUCGCUGAUUCGCUGGCUGGGAUGAGCUACAUGGACUCCGCCUCCUCUCUGGGCAGCGCCAUCAUACACGCUGUCAACAACCUGGUGAUGUCACAGGGCAGCCGUCUGGCGCGUCGUAACGCAGAACUGUCUUUUGUCUUCAUUACCGACGGAAUCACUGCCAGCGAAAGCCUGGAGGAGGGCGUGUCGGCCAUGCGGCGGGCUGAGGGUGUUCCCACGGUGAUCGCCAUGGGGACCGACACGGACCAGGACGUGCUGAGGAAGGUUGCCCUGGGAGACACGUCAGCCAUCUUUAGAGGAGAGGACUACGCCACGCUGGGGAAACCCACAUUCCUAGAACGCUUCAUCCGCUGGGUCUGCUAACCAGCUGUGUUUUAACUAACAGUUAAAGGUGCAAUCCGUAAGAAUCUUUUUAGUAACGAAAUAAACAAACAAAUCAAUGUGUUCUCAGAUGUGAAGGUGCUCUGUGCUUUUCAAAGUUUAAGCAAAAAGUGGCAGAACUUGGAAGCUCAACUUCUAGCUCGUCCAAGAGACAAAAGGCACUCCACAUUUUUGUAUUUUUUAAAUAAAUUAAAUGACAGAUUUUACCUUUAACUAGCUAAGCCCAAACAACCAAAGCCUUUCUCAUCAGAGAGUUACUGAAGUGUGAAAGAGGUUGCAAUUGUAAGUCUUGUUUCUGUUUUUUUUUUUUGUAUUGUGUUUCUAGAAGAGAUCCCUCACUGUGAGGGAUCCGUACGUUUUGUAUUUUACACUAAAGGUGCUAUUCUAGUGGAAGGAGUUACACACAGUCUCGUGUUGCACAAACAGUCAACUCUGUUUAUCAAACAGUCUUCAUUUUUUAAACAGUUCAGUUUUUCAAACUUUGUAAUUUCGAUAGAAGUGCCGCUUUAUACUUUAUUAUUCUAGUUCAGGGGACCAUCCACUCAUUUACACACAUCUCUCACACACAAACACACCAAUUAGUUCAGGGUUUCAAACUCGGUCCUGUCCUCCUGCUGAGCUAGCUACUCUGAGCUAGCUAUUAAACCCAACACACCCAUACUUUUACCCAACACCCCCACACUUUUACCCAACACACACACACACACACACACUGAAAAUGCAUUUGUUGUAAACUGAGCAGUAUGUAAUAAAGCUAGCUGUGGUGAAACCAGA